CGACUCCGCGCCGCGGCGGCCGUCUCGUCCUCUCUCCACAUCAUCCCCGUUCCCUCGCACACCACAGCGCGCGCCCGCCCGCCAGCCAUCCCGCUGCCGUGCCGUCUCCAUCUUCUAUCCCUCCUCCUGCUGCUGCUGCUGCUGCUACUUACCCCGCGAUUUCUCUUCCUCUUAUUACUCUUCCUCUCGGCUCUCGCUCGCUCGCUCCCCGCGCGAUUUCUCCACGCCGCACGCCGCUCGCGAGUUAGGGAUCGAUCUCGUCGGGGGCGGGCGGGAGAGGGAGAGGGAGGAGAGAUGGCGGGGGAUGGUGUGGACUGGGAGAGCGUGGCGGAGGCCACGUCCGGGGCGGUGGGCGCGCUCGUCAGCACCACCGUGCUCUACCCGCUCGACACCUGCAAGACCAAGUUCCAGGCCGAGCUCCAGACGCAGCCGGGCGCGCACAAGUACAGGAAUCUUUCAGAUGUCUUUUGGGAAGCUGUUCAGAAAAGACAAAUUCUAUCCCUAUAUCAGGGCCUUAAGACAAAGAACAUCCAAUCUUUCAUUUCACAAUUCGUUUACUUUUAUGGCUAUAGCUACUUUAAAAGACUCUACUUGGAGAAGAGUGGAGCAAAGUCUAUCGGCACAAAAGCGAACUUGUUAGUUGCAGCUGCUGCUGGUGCUUGCACAGUUGUUGUUACUCAGCCACUAGAUACAGCAUCUUCUAGAAUGCAAACAAGUGCCUUUGGAAAGUCCAAAGGGCUGCGGGCAACUCUUGCCGAAGGCACUUGGCUUGAGGCAUUUGAUGGCUUGGGAAUUUCUCUUAUACUAACGUGUAAUCCUUCUAUUCAGUAUACUGUAUUUGAUCAGCUCAAGCAGAAGCUAAUUCAGAGACAGAGACGUAAAAAUGCAGAAGCAGGGGGUGGUUCUUCACCAGUUGCUCUUUCUGCUUUCUCAGCAUUUCUCCUUGGUGCCAUCUCAAAAAGUGUUGCUACAAUAUUAACCUACCCACUAAUCAGGUGCAAGGUCAUGAUUCAGGCUGCAGACCCUGAUGAGGAUGAUGACGAUGAAUCUGAAAGGCCAGGAAAAUCAAAAUCUCCCAAAACAAUGUUGGGCGCUUUGCAUGCCAUGUGGAGCAAGGAAGGCAUCCCAGGCUUCUUCAAAGGAUUACAUGCUCAGAUACUCAAGACUGUCCUGAGUUCUGCAUUGCUGCUGAUGAUAAAGGAGAAGAUUUCAAGAUUUACUUGGAUUUCACUGCUUGCCCUGCGGCGAUAUCUCUUUGUUUCUCAGAAGAGAAUCAAGAGUGCAUAACUUUUAUCAUUAUCCCUUCGUAAAGAAAAUGUAAUCCAUGUGGUAUUGCGGUAUUUUGAGAUCCUGUACCAAAGAAUAAGUCUCAGGAAUAAGGAACAGAUACAGAAAAGCAAAACAUCACGUCAUACAUGUGGGGUCUUUUUAAUAGCGUCAGGGAAUGUUUCUGAAUAAAUUCGUUUGUUUCUUCUUUUACCCCUGAAUGUCUACAGCUAUUGAAAUGAAAUAGGUGUUCCACAGAUCGAAUUAGUUGUAGUGACUACGUAUAGUAUGUAGCGUGUAAACAUAUCAGUUCUGUUCAUAUUCCUUCUUUCUUUGCUGGAAAUGAAUCAGUUGCAAUAAAUUUAUCUUGUAAUGUCAGAUGUCUAGUGUAGAGUACUAGAGUUCUGCCAGAACUCAGCAGCCGAAGGCAUUGUAUGUGCACCAAAAAAAAAAUGAAAGAUGGUGUUUACACUUCUUGCAGUUGCAGGAGUGGUGGUA